AUGGCGGAGACGAAGGCCAAGAGACUACUUAAAGUGGAAAUCAGAUUCAGCUUUCUCGUCCCAAUUCGAUUCACUAACAAGAGUGAUGAUUCCGAGGGAUUGAAAGAUAGGGUUGCUCACGAUUCGAAUUUGCUGAAUGAGCUCGAAGAUUGGAAAGUAGAGGUUAAUGAAGACGAGAUCUUGAGUAGAAGAAGAAGAUCAGGUCUUGGGGAUUUGGAAUUAGUAAUGUUUUCUCAGCUUGUCAAAAUAUAUCUCAACUAUCAUGAACAGCGUGAAGCAUUGUUUUCUGGAAAAGCUGCAUCUGUACCUCCUGUGAAAUAUGAAGAACAGGGUAUUGUGGUUGAUGAAGACGAGGUCUUGAGUAGAAGAAGAUCAGGUCUUGAUGAUUUGGAAUCAGUGAGUUCUAAGCUUGUAUAUGCGAAGAAAUUAGCUGAACAAAUGGAGAAUGGGGAAUAUGUGACCCAUAAGGAUACUUCUCUUCUCAAGUUCGUUUCUUCUUCUUCUUCUUCUUCAGAGGAAGAGUUUCGUUUCGUUAGCUCAAUCCAAAACGCAAUUCUUCGUCUUGACUUAAUUCCAAAGUUGCCGGCGAUUGGAAGAGCUAGUAAUGAGGUUGAGUGUACAGAGUUGGAGAAGGAGAUGAUGAGGAGAAAGAUGAAAGCUUGGGAGGAAAGGGAUAUGUCGGAGAAAGGUACCGUGGAAGUUUUGCACAAGGAGGGCUUGGAAAAGCCAUUGAUGUCAUUUGAGAAGCCUAAGUUUGAUCGGAAUGAACUUAUGAGUAGCAUAUCUAAAGUUAAGGGUUCAGAGAAGAAACUGGAACUCGUGAAUUCUUCUCAUGUUGAGCUGGACUUUGAUGAUAAGAUCCAUGAAAUCAAAGUAAUGGCUAGGCGAGCACGGGAGAUAGAAGCUGGCAUAGAACUUAAUGAAAAGGAGAAGCGCGAUGUGAACAAAGAAACAGGCGACAGUGAUGAAGAUAUAAGCAUUCAGUCACAGAAGAGUCUUCCACAUGACGGUUUGACACACAGUGAAGGUGAUGAUGAUAAAGAUGAACGCUUGGGAACUUCGACUGACAGUGAGAACACUGAACUUUCUGCUUUUGCUGUUCCGAUGUUGAAUGGGGCUAUGGUAGAUUCAGGUUUUCCGAAUCAUGAAAUGGCAGCAUCUGACAAAAAAAAGGUGAGUAAUGUGGUACCACUAGUUCCUACAGACGGAGUCAUCCAAGCUUCUGAUGUCACUAAGGAUCAGUUAAGUAUGAUGAAGAAUAGCACUGGUCGAAAGUCACGGGUCAUACGGUCUGUAAAAGAGGCUAAAGAGUUCCUUUCAAGAAGAAGUGGUGAGAAAGAGCUUACUCAGGAACUUUCUCAGAUGGCCCAAGACAGUGAUGAAAUCUUCCCAAAACAGAGCGACGAAGAGCGUGGUGUAGCUAGAAAACACAAAUUGGUUGACAAAAAUAAAAUCCUUGAAACUGGGACUGCAGUUAAGGGAUCGAGUUCAAAUAAAAGAGAAGAGCUCAAAUCAGCCAAAAGCUCUUCUGGUGGUACUGAACAUAUAGAGAAGGAAGAACCAUCAGGAAAGGAGAAUUGGAUAGAGAAAACUACCAUGAAUUUGAGCCUAGAAACUCAGGAGCCUGGUACGAUUGCUGAUAUUGCAGAACUUUACCGUAGUGAAUAUAAUGAUGAGCUUGAGUGGAUGAAGGACGAAAAGCUAAGAGACAUUGUCUUCUGUGUUCGAGAUAAUGAGCUGGCUGAUGGCGUCAGUGUGUAUGAUCCACUAGAAAAGAUCAUACCGAGAUGGAAAGGGCCUUCGCUUGAUAAGAACCCCGAGUUUCUCAAUAACUAUCAUGAACAGCGUGAAGCACUGUUUUCUGGAAAAGCUGCAUCUGUAUCUCCUGUGAAAUAUGAAGAACAGAGCUCUCAUCAGGAAUUAUCAGAGUCUGCUUCCUCUGAGAACACUCUCACCCCUUCAUCAGAAAUUACCUCAAGCCAGCCAAAGAUUGUUGUAGAAGGAAGUGAUGGAUCUGUUAGACCUGGUAAAAAAUCAGGAAAGGAGUACUGGCAGCACACGAAGAAGUGGUCACGUGGGUUCCUUGAGUUGUACAAUGCAGAGACUGAUCCAGAAGUGAAAGCUGUUAUGAGAGACAUGGGAAAAGACUUAGACCGAUGGAUUACAGAAGACGAAAUCAAAGACGCAGCUGAUAUAAUGGAAAAGCUGCCAGAGAGGAACAAGAAGUUCAUGGAAAAGAAACUCAACAAACUCAAGAGAGAGAUGGAGUUGUUUGUUCGAGCAGGCACUUAUGCAAGAGAUGCUGACUGUUUGUUUUUAACCGAAAAGAGCUUAUUGAUGUUAUCAGUGCUGUUUAAAGUGUAUGGGGCUAUGGUAGAUUCUGGUUUUCCGGAGCAUGAAAUCGCAGCAUCCGACAAAGAAAAGGUGAGUAAUUUGGUACCACUAGUUCCUACACACGGAAUCAUCCAAUCUUCUGAAGCAGAGUAUUGUGGUAUUUGUUCAAAUCCCAUUUUCACUGUCUAUCUGGAUUCUGUUGGAAAUGUGGCGAAAGUAGAGGUUGAUGAAGACGAGGUCUUGAGUAGAAGAUCAGGUCUUGAUGAUUUGGAAUUAGUGAGUUCUAGGCUGCAGAAGGUUUUGGAAGAUCAGAUUUCAGGAUCAGACAAACUUGUACAAUUACAAGCCAAAUUUAAGAAUGCACUUGAGGAAGCAGUUUUAGCAGAAAAUGGGGUCGAGAAUAAUUGUAGAGAUGCUGAAAUCAGCUGCCCAGAUUCCUCUGCGCCUUAA